GCUCUCCUGGGUGUUGGUGUCUUGAUGGAAGUUGAUGGUCAUCAUGAGACCGCUUAAAAGUUCUCCGUGGAGGAAGGAACACUGGCUGGUCAGUUGGCUCAAGCCUUUUUGUACACAGUCCAGGUGGGACUCGGGACUGUCUGGGGCACAGCAAGAGGAGGAGAUAAACGACGUGUACGUAGGAGACUCUUGCAUGGGUGAGUUGUCAACCUACUGUAGCACAGAAGGGAGAAAUUUGACACAUGCACCCACGGACUGUAUCAGGGCGAUGUGCGUAGCUGUGCUGGAAAAUUCUGCUCUUCUGUUGUCCAGAAUGUGUGAGACUGGGAUUCAUCCUGUGACUUUACUUAUAGUUUCUGGCCUGACUCACUUCCUUGAGUGAUCUGAUUUUUUAAAGGGCUGUUGCCAUCCACCGUAACAGAUGCAAAUGUCUUCUAUGCAGUCUUUUAGAUGCUGAAUAGCUUGAUAUGUUGCGUGUGUGAUUUGACAUGUGUUCUGCACCUGGGCUCACCGCUGGAGUAUUGUUCUUUGCCUGCACUUUUAAUUCUAGGAGACGUGGGUUGGGAUCUGCAGCCGGCCGUGGAAGCUCCCUGGGUGACCGGGGGCAAAGCUCUGCCGUCCUCCCCCAGCCAAACCAUUUGUAAGAGGAGGUGGUUGUGAGAAUGAAAAAGGAGGAGGUUCUAAGGUCCCUUGAUUCUCCUUUGAGAAGAAAAGCGGAAAUGUAAAUAUAGAACUGUGUGAAAUGGUUGCUUUUUGCUAAUGUAGUUUGGAUUACAUUAGAUUGCUGUCAAGGAGCUAGAUGUCGCCCACCAAUGGCUGGGUCUGGGGGCGGGGGGGGCGGGGCUGGGGGUGCCUGCUCAGGUGGCCCUGCCUAUGAAACAGGCCACUCGGAAAAGGGCACCUGACGCAUGUCUGGUUGGGCAUUAUGGGGUGCAGUGCCGUUCAGUGAUGUGCCUCAUGGAAUUGUGUUAGCCGUGUGUGUGAGGACUUUUCAUUCGUCUUGGCUGCCCCCUUUACCUUUUUGAAUGCAUUUGGCUGAAAGGGGAAGUCAUCCAGACAGGGCGAGCAAAGACCGGGGGCCUCGAGGGGCAUGCAGUCUCCGUGGAGCUCCAGCGGGGUUGCCCUGUGCUUGCUUGCCCCUGUCCCCCAGCCCUGCUUUUCCAGGCCAUGGAAAGGACUCCCCCCCCCCCUUCCCAUGUUUGUGGCCUGCUGCCAUUGUAGGAGUCCUUCAGUUCGGAGCACAAAGGGGCCCAUUGUGCCAGUGAGGAAGGGCUUGGUCACCCGUGCUUUUGGCCCUGCAGAUAACAUCGGGGCUUCUGCAGACCCAGAGGGGGCACGGGGUGGGGGCAGCGGGGGGGGGGGCGCUCAUUUGUCCACUUUGAAUUGAGGGAGCUGCAGCCACAUCCUCCCCCCACCUCCCUCUUCAAUCUUGCAAGAGUGUGUGUGUGUUUAAAAGCACUAGACAAGCCAUGCCAAGAGCUUUUUUUGAUAAGGCAAAAGUCUCCUUUUUUCCCAAAGGGCUGAGACCAAAUAGUUCACUGGUGGGGCUUCCCUUGCAGAUAGGCAGGCGGCCGGCCCCUGCUCCACCGGCACGGGUCCUGGGCACCGACUCCUCAGCUGAGGACCACUGGUAAGAUGCUCUCUCGCUGCUGGAUCUUCCCAGGGGGCUGGUGCUGAGGCAGAAUUGCACCCCUGUGCGUCCUGCGCCUCAUGCAUGCGAGGCAGGGAGGGGAGCUCACAGGGAUGAGUGUCCUGGAAUCGGGUGAGCUGAGCAGAGUUUUCCAUAGUUGGCCAUGCAAACAAGAGACCUUUGAGCUGGCCGGGAAGAUCUUAGAAGGAGUGCCAAGUCAGGGAAUGCUUUGGGGAAAUAUUUCAAAAAAUACUGUCCUGCAUUUUUCUCCCGUGGCGGUCAAGCUUACAGCAGAGUUAUUCGUGUCAUUACGACUGGUCAGUCUUGCAGAGGCAUAACGUGCAGGAAGGUUGUGCUGUUUGUGAACGGGACACGCGCUGUCCAGUGGAGAAUGGAAGCCGCUUUAGAGGUGGAUUAAAGCGCUAUUUAUAGCUCUCUCAUCUGAUUAACAAGAGCCCCACGGUCAGCUGCAGUGCCGUAGUCCAAGCUCUGCUCACAACCUGGGUUCGAUCCUGACAGAAGUCAGUUUCAGGAGUGACUCAGCCUUCCACCCUUCCGAAGUUGGUCAAAUGAGUAGCCAGCUUUCUGCGGGCAAUUGGGGAAGGCCAUGGCUGACCACUCUGUAAACAUCGUCCACCUGGUAAAUGUUGAGAUGUGACGUCACCCCAUAAGUCAGAGCAACCUGGUGCUCACAUAGGGGACUCCCUUGACCUUUACCUACCCUCUUAUUAAAUAAAGCUUAGUAGAUGAAUCAGUUGAUCAAUUAAAUCUGUAUGCUUUUGCAUGUGACCCAAACAGCAUUUGGAAGAAAAUGGCUUCCCCACCCCCACCCCUUUAGAGGGUACCAAGAUGUUCCACGGAACAGGUUCUCUUGUAUGUGGGUUUUCAGAUUGUUGCAAACACUUAAGGGGUUUACAAUGUAUUGGCCAGCCCAGUUUAAUCAAGCAGGAUUAUUGAACUGAUUCAAGGCUUUUGAUGAAGCACAGGAACCCUAAUUAUUUGUUGAAUUCUGUUUCCAGAAUGUUCAGUGUGUGCGUGCGUGCGUGCGUGCGUGCGUGCGUGUGUGUGAGAGAGAGAGAGAGAGAGAGAGAGAGAGAAAGAAAGAAAGAGGGAGGAUUUCCCAUAAGGGAUUUUUGAAGUAGUACUUGGCAGAAGCAAUGGUAAAAGCUGAGAGGCGAUUGUGCAUAUUGCGGAAGUGAAGCGUGUGGCUAAUGCGAUGCAAGCGUUGCUGUUGGGGCAGCCACAGGAGUUGUAUUCAGUCAGGCAUGUCAGGGAUGAGCAGCAGCAAAGGCCGGCCUCUGUGGCUCCGCACGGCUCAGUCUGCUCAGCCUGGAACAGCAGGAAAGGAACAGGCCCCCCUGAGAACUGGGGCCAGCUGGCGGAGCUUUCAUUUUGGGCGAUCCACCCGGCACGCUUCAGAAGACGGCAAAGCCCCGUGCCGGGUGACGUUGGGCUCCUCACACUCUCUUGGACUCACCUACGUGACAGGGUUGUUGUGAGGAUAAAUGUGAACGAGUGGAGAAUCACGUGACCCACCUUGAAGAAUUUAAAUGAAGUAAAUGAAUAAAAACGCUGCCUUUCUCCCUGGUGGGUUCUGUUCUCCUUUUUAUCACAACAGCCCUGUGAGGCUGUCUGGUGCCGGAAGCUGAGCAGAAGUGCUGCUGCGUUGCAGGGAACAUGGAGCACGAGGAGAAGCUCAUCAACAAAGACCAGGAAGAGGAGAUGGAGAUCUACGGUUACAACUUCUGCCGGUGGAAGCUGGCCUUGGUCCUCGGGGGGGUGCUGUGCACUGGCGGCUUCCUCCUCCUCCUCCUCUACUGGAUGCCCGAGUGGCGGGUAAAAGCGACGUGCCGCAGGGCUCCGCUCCGAGGCUGCCAGGUGGUGCUGCUGAGGACCACGGAUGAGUUCCACAGCUGGUUUUGUGCGAGGGUCCGCGUGGUGCUUUCGCUGGGAUCCAGCCCGCUGCAGACUCCGGCCUUCGUGGCAGAGAAGAUGACCAACGGCAUCAGGGAUCAUUCAUGUCCUGGCGCCUCUGAAGAGAGUGACCGGCACAGGUGCUCCCCAGGUCACCUGCAGGAGAUCCGGCACUUCACCCACCACAGCGUGAAGUACUUCUGGGACGAGGGCGGGCAGAACUUCGGCUCCAUAAAGGGCCUGGACGAAUCUGUCUCCUGCUCCUCCAUCCAUCAUGAGCACAGCACCGGACUGGGAAAGGGGAUCCGUGAGUACAGGAAACUAUUCUACGGAGUCAAUGAGAUUGCCGUGAAAGUGCCUUCCGUUUUUAAACUUUUGAUUAAGGAGGUUCUCAAUCCAUUUUACAUUUUCCAACUGUUCAGUGUGAUCCUGUGGACCACGGAUGAAUACUACUACUACGCGCUGGCCAUAGUGAUCAUGUCUCUGGUGUCCAUUAUGAGCUCCCUGUACACCAUCCGAAAGCAAUACAUGAUGCUCCACGACAUGGUGGCAGCGCACAGCAUCGUGAGGGUCUCAGUCAGCGCAGCAGACCGAGGCUUAGAGGAGAUCUUGUCUACGGACCUCGUGCCUGGGGACGUCAUCGUGAUCCCCUUGAACGGGAUGAUCAUGCCAUGUGACGCGGUGCUUCUCAGCGGCACCUGCAUUGUCAACGAGAGCAUGCUGACAGGCGAAAGUGUUCCCGUCACCAAGACCAACCUGCCGCAUCCCACUGAGGACCCCCAAGCCCCAGAGGCUGAAACGUACAGCCCAGAGGGCCACCGGAGGCACACCCUCUUCUGCGGCACCACCGUCAUCCAGACCCGCUUCUACGCAGCAGAGCUGGUCAAAGCUGUGGUGGUCCGGACAGGCUUCAGCACAUCCAAGGGGCAGCUGGUCCGUUCCAUCUUGUACCCAAAGCCGACAGACUUUAAGCUCUACAGGGAUGCCUACAUGUUCCUGCUCUUUCUUGUGGGGGUGGCCGCUGUUGGGUUUCUGUACACAGUCGUCAACAGCAUUCUGCACAAGGUUCCUGCCAGCAUCAUCAUCAUUGAGUCUCUGGACAUCAUCACCAUCACUGUCCCUCCCGCCCUGCCUGCCGCAAUGACUGCUGGGAUUGUGUAUGCGCAGAGACGGUUGAAGAAGGUCGGGAUCUUCUGCAUCAGCCCACAAAGGAUCAACAUCUGCGGGCAACUGAAUCUCAUCUGCUUCGACAAGACAGGCACUCUUACGGAAGACGGCCUCGACCUCUGGGGGAUCCAAAGAGUGGAAAACGCUCGCUUCCUUCUGCCACAAGAAAAUGCUUUCAGCAAGCUGUUGGUCAAGUCUCCCUUCGUGGCGUGCAUGGCCGCCUGCCACUCCCUGACCAAGAUUGAAGGCGUGAUCUCAGGGGACCCCCUGGAUCUGAAGAUGUUUGAAGCUACUGGCUGGAUUCUUGAAGAGGCAACUGAGGAGGAAACCACCCUCCACAACCGCAUCAUGCCUACCGUGGUCCGGCCCCCCAAGCAGCUUCUUCCAGAGCCACAGCCGGCAGCGAACAAAGACCUGGAACUGUUUGAGCUUCCGGCCACUUACGAGAUUGGGAUCGUGCGGCAGUUCCCGUUUUCCUCUGCGCUGCAGCGGAUGUGCGUGGUGGCCAGAGCCCUCGGGCAAAAGAAGAUGGACGCCUAUGUGAAGGGGGCGCCGGAGAUGGUGGCUGGCUUGUGCAAGCUGGAGACAGUGCCGGCGGACUUUGAGCGGGUGCUGGAAGAGUACACAAAGCAGGGGCUGCGCGUCAUUGCCGUCGCACACCGGCGGCUGGAGUCCAGGCUGACUUGGCACAGAGUGCAGAACGUGGCGCGAGAGGCCAUUGAGACCAAUAUGGAUUUUUUGGGCUUAAUUAUCAUGCAGAAUAAACUCAAACAAGAAACCCCUGCAGUGCUUGAAGAUUUGCACAAAGCCAACAUCCGCACCGUCAUGGUGACCGGAGACAACCUGCUGACGGCCGUCUCGGUGGCCAGAGACUGUGGCAUGAUCCAGCCCCCUGACAAGGUGAUUGUCGCAGAGGCGCUGGCUGCGAAGGACGGGCAGCCUGCCAGGAUCAGCUGGCACUACACAGACAUGCUCAGCAAGGGCCCCGAUCCCUUGCCAGCCAUUCACCCAGAGGAGAUCCCUGUCAAGCUGGCCCCGGAGAACCUGGAGGACCUCCCCGUGACCAAGUACCAUUUUGCGAUGAGCGGGAAGUCCUUUGCAGUCAUCCAGGAGCACUUCCAGGACCUGGUCCCAAAGCUGGUUCUGCACGGCACAGUCUUUGCCCGCAUGGCACCGGAUCAGAAGACCCAGCUGGUGGAAGCCCUGCAGAAUGUCGACUACUACGUGGGCAUGUGUGGUGACGGGGCGAACGACUGUGGGGCGCUGAAGAGGGCCCACGGCGGCAUUUCCUUGUCCGAGCUGGAGGCUUCCGUGGCGUCGCCAUUCACCUCCCGGACACCCAGCAUCUCCUGCGUGCCAAACCUGAUCAGGGAAGGCCGGGCGGCUUUGGUGACGUCCUUCUGCGUGUUCAAAUUCAUGGCUUUGUACAGCAUUAUCCAGUACUUGUCUGUCACCCUGCUGUACUCGAUGCUGAGCAACUUGGGGGACCUGCAGUUUCUCUUCAUCGACCUGGCCGUCAUCUUGGUGCUGGUCUUCACGAUGAGCCUGAAUCCGGCCUGGAAGGAGCUUGUGGCGCAAAGACCCCCGGCUGGCCUCAUCUCCGGGCCGCUGCUGUGCUCCGUGGUCUCCCAGAUCCUCAUCUGCUUCGGCUUCCAGACCGUCGGCUUCCUCUGGGUCAGGCAGCAGCCGUGGUAUGAGCCGUGGACGCCGCACUCGGACGCCUGCCGCCCCUCCGGGGCCCCGGGGGCCAACGCCUCUGCCCAUGGGAACGGGACUCUGCACGACGAGCACAACAUCCGGAACUACGAGAACACCACCCUCUUCUUCAUCUCCUGCUUCCAGUACCUGACCGUCGCCGUCGCUUUCUCCAAGGGGAAGCCCUUCCGGCAGCCUUGCCACAAGAACUAUCUCUUUGUUCUGUCCGUGAUGGUUCUGUAUGCCCUCACGCUUUUCAUCAUGCUGCAUCCAAUCGGAGCCAUUGACUGGGCUCUGGAGCUGGUGUGUGUUCCCUUCCCGUGGCGAGUGACGAUGUUAAUCAUCGUGCUCCUGAAUGGUGCCGUGUCCAUCCUGGUGGAGAAUGCCCUGCUUGACACGGUCCUCUGGAAAGUCCUCUUCCGUCGGGACAAGCAAAGGGACUUCCGCCCGCCCUCCUCCCACCCGCCACAGGGUCCCUGGCAGCGGUGCAGCCUUCCAGCUCUGCUGGGCUUCCGGAAGGCGCCCCCCAAGGCCAAGUACGCGCACCUGGCCCAGGAGCUGCUGGUGGACCCCGACUGGCCGCCCAAGCCCAGCACCACCACAGAAGCCAGAGCUCCGGCCCAGGAGAACGGAUCCUGCCUCGUCCUCAGCGCCACGUAGCAGCGGACGGCCGAAGGACGCGCCGCCUUCAGGGACUUUCCCGCCUGCCGAGCGUCUCGGUGCUGGACUCUCCAUCGCUGCUCCGCCUCGGCCUCCCCGGGGUGCAGCGACGGUUGCUUCCCCAGCUGACGCGAAGCCUCUUGUGUGGACUCCUCGCCUCCCCUCCGCCUGCCAGUUCUGCCUCCAGGCUGCACUUUAGAGUCCUUCCAGGGGACGUGGCUGGCCUUUGGGGCAGAGGGCGGGGCCUGUCCCCCUCCGCGGUGGUGGAACGCAGGCUGCUGGCCAUCUGGCAGGGUGGGAAGGCCGCCCCGUUUCUCAGCCAGCGAUCCGCUUUGAUACAGCGCUGGCUUAUUUGGAGCCUGUGUCAGAGCAAUCCGGCCCAGCGUGAAAGAGGGAGCUGCUUGCCCUUCUGGUUGGGCAGGGCAGGGGGGGUCCCGCCUCAUGCCCCGCAGGAGGGAAAGCAUCCUGCCCUCCACCCCCCCAACAAAGGCUCCUGGCAGCCAGCUGAGCUGUGCAAAGGGCACGCCGUCCUCACCAAAGGGCUAAGAGAGACCCCAGUCCUCAGCAAGCGACCGCCAGCAGUGCUGCUUUGCGGGGGGGGGGGCAGUUCCCAGUCACAGUGGCCCUGGGGCCUGCGUGCUGAUGCCGAGGGGGGGGGGACACCAGCAAACCAAGUGCCCCUCUGGAUCAGAGCAAGGGGGGAGGGGCUUGUUGGCUCCAGCAGCUGGACCUGCUUUCUUGAUACUGGCAGGGGAGGCUCGAAAUGCCGAGAACUGAAAAGGUGCAAGAAGUUCAGGCCCCGCCCGCCUCGGCCCCGUGGCUCCACACGCCCGCCCCCCCAGCACCCUGAGACGGUCACAGUAGCAUUGCCCUGCAGGGGGUCCCUCCAUGCAUGCCCACAAGUCCAGGGAAAUGACCCUAAACUGGGUGCAGUGAAUUCUUGCAAGAUGCUGGGACCCCCCUUGCUGGCGCUCAAAGUGUUCCUGCCUCUUGCCAGGCUCUGAAGAAACUCUCUCUGGGAGGGCAGCAGGGCAGUUCGCCCUCCUGUUCCUUCCUUCUGCAGCAGAAGUGGGGGGCAGGCAGGGAACCCACGGCAGGGUAUCCGUCCCUGGUUGCCCCAGUGGCUGGCCCAGCCCUUGCGGGGCUGGUGUUGCAGGGUGGCAUUUUGCUAGACAGUCUGCAGGAUGGUCGGACUCCCAAGUUCUGAGAAUCCGCCUGAGGCCAGGGAAAGGGUUUCUCUUGUGACCACCACUGGGGACAGCUGACAGUGUCGUGGGGGGAGGGAAUCUGGGACAGCUGGUUUUAAAAUUCAGGUGACUUUAUUUUAAUGGGGGGUGGGGGGAGACAUCCAUGCAGCUAUGCACCUUUGACCUGGGAACUGUGACUCACAACCGCCUUGUUCAGUUGCGCAGAAGUUGUGUGCGAUUGUAGGGAACGAGGGGGCUUUGGUCCAGGGGCCUCCCCACGGUGUUUUCUCAUUGUCAGUCUCCCUGGCUCUCAGUUCUGCUUUGUAGCACCUGGGGAAAGAAAUAGUGUGUGAAGCCUUGUUUGGGGGGUGGGGGUGCAUUAAAGCAUUUUGUAAACAUUGCAUGGGGAAGGUGGGGGGACAGCCCAGCCCCCCCUUGCUCUGUAACAGGCUCUUCAGCUGUUUGCAGCAUUGGAGGAACUGUCCCUGAAAUUUCUGGACUUAUUUCUUCACUUGUUUGGGAGGGGGUGAUUGAAAAGAGGUGUGGGGAGGGGGGUCUAUUGAGAGCUUCAGAGUGCAGGCGGUGUCUUGUUGCCAGGACAGCAUUCUGGGAAAACUAACUUGUGCAUCCAAGUCUGUAGUAUAAUUUAAAAAUACUGUUUGUUUGGAAAACGUUCCUUGAAAGCUCAGGAGUUCAGGGAAGAAGAUCCGCCGCGUGGAGAGGCGUCUGCUGCAGAGAAGCCCAGCCCAGCCAGCGCUGCUCUGGAUUCAGGGUUCCUUAUUAAAUUAUUUGCCAGCUAUGCAGGUUGACAGCCUCCGUCCUUGAGCUUGCGAGGAUUGGAAGUCGGGCCCGCUGAGGAAGAUUAUUUAUUGUUUCCGCCCAGACCAAAAGGACCUGUCUGCCCAAGGCAAGGCCCACUGUUUUUAAAUGAUGUGUUCAGUUUUUUAAAAAAGAAAAUCUUAAAAUAAACAACCAGGUCUUUUAAA